GUUGAAAUCGUCGCAGAAGGAUAAAGUGCGUCAGUUCAUGGUCUUCACACAAUCUAGUGAAAAGACAGCGGUGAGUUGUCUAUCCCAGAAUGACUGGAAGUUAGAUGUUGCAACAGACAACUUUUUCCAAAAUCCUGAACUUUAUAUACGAGAGAGUGUAAAAGGAUCAUUGGACAGAAAGAAGUUAGAACAGCUAUAUAACAGAUACAAAGAUCCUCAAGAUGAAAAUAAAAUUGGUAUAGAUGGUAUACAGCAGUUCUGUGAUGAUCUAGCACUUGAUCCAGCCAGCAUUACUGUACUCAUCAUUGCAUGGAAAUUCAGAGCUGCUACACAGUGUGAGUUUUCAAAGCUGGAAUUCAUGGAUGGAAUGACGGAGCUAGGUUGUGACAGUAUAGAAAAACUAAAGGCCCAGAUUCCUAAGAUGGAGCAAGAAUUAAAAGAGCCAGGAAGAUUUAAGGAUUUCUAUCAGUUUACUUUCAACUUUGCAAAGAAUCCGGGACAGAAAGGUUUAGAUUUAGAAAUGGCCAUAGCCUACUGGAAUUUAGUACUUAAUGGAAGAUUUAAAUUUCUAGACUUAUGGAACAAAUUUUUGUUGGAGCAUCAUAAAAGAUCAAUACCUAAGGACACCUGGAACCUUCUUCUAGACUUUAGUACAAUGAUAGCAGAUGAUAUGUCUAACUAUGAUGAAGAAGGGGCAUGGCCAGUUCUUAUCGAUGACUUUGUGGAAUUUGCACGCCCUCAAAUUGCUGGGACAAAAAGUACGACAGUGUAGCACUAAAGGACCUCUCUAGAGUGUACAUAGUCUGUACAAAUACAUGACAUGGAAAAUUGCACAGUCAAUUUCUGCUGGCUGGACUGAACUGAAGAUCAAUCCUCACAAUAUGGCUGAGGGUUGAGACAAACCUUUAAGGAUACAUCUUGGACCAUAUCAUAUUUCAUUCUUCUACUGGUGGUUUGGGCUUUUCUUCUAGUCUGGACCACUCUUGCCCGUUACAAUUCCAACAUUGUGGAUUUCAUCAUGGAUUUUUUUUUUCUUUUUCCCUUUUUUUUUUUUGUGGACCACUCUAGUUUCAUCUCCCAUAAGUCUUAGAAGCUUUAUAAUUAUUUUGAGGGUUCUGGUUUCACAUAAAGCACAAUGCUGGUUAUCAUCAGACAACUGUUGUAUGGCAUCUGAAUUAUACAGAUCAACAUCAAAAACACUUUAAAAAAAGAAAUCCUUAAAUAUACACUUGGGGCUAGCUGCAAAGACUGUAUUGAUAGCACUUCCUGUAAGAGUGAUAUAUUUAAGUGUACUGGGUCCGAUAUUUUUUUUUUCUUUUCUGGAAAAGUGCAGGUAUUGUCUAAGUGAGUUUUGAGUAUCUGAUAAAAACAAUAGCAGAAAUAACCAACAAAACCCAAGAUUGUUUAUACUGGGGUAUCCAGGUGCCUAUGUGAAUGGUUUGAUUGUACGUCAGC